AAAGCCCCUCCGGAUCCCGCAAACCGCCGCGCACCACCCCCGCUCUCCCUCCACACAGGAGAGGAGAGGAGAGGAGCACAGGAGAGCCAGGGAGCUCGCUCGCUCGCUCGCUCGGCCCCGGCGGACGGAGAAACCCCACCCCACCACAGCAGCUCGCCGGCCGCCGCCGGACCUUCCUCCGCUUCCCGCCGGUCCGCUCGAAUUCCCGGGCCCUCGCCGCCGCCCGCGCCGGAGGAGAAGGAGGAGGAAGCGGGAGGAGCGUCGGGGUUUUCGCUUGGCUUGCUCCGUCGGUACGGUCUGAGGCCGCGGGUUUUGCUUCGCUUGCUCGGGUUACUCGAGGGUAUGAGAGACGAAAACAACAGCUAGAGGAUAGCCCAGAUUAAGCUCCUUCAUCAAGGAUAGAAUGGGUGGCUGCUGCUGUUGUGCAUCAAGAGCGGAGGCGGAUAGAGCACCGGUUCAUAUCUAUCAUCAGCAAAACCAAGAGGAGCAUGAACCUUUAUCUUCUGCCUUUGACGGGUCAUCUCCAGCUUCUGCUAUAGUCGCAGUUGACACAAAUCUGGACACAUCCACUCCUGACACUUACCGGGCACCACCUGCACCAUUGCCUUAUGAUGUUAGUUUGCCAGUUACAGAAAACCCAGAUCUGGAGAAGUCAGAUAUUAAAAGCAAAACAGAUGAUCAGCAGGAAUCUCUGAAGGUGGAUGAAUACGAAUCAUGUGAAAAAGGUGCCCCUGAAGAUAAGAUUGAGGAGGAGGAUGUUUGCCCUAUCUGCCUUGAAGAAUAUGAUGAAGAAAAUCCCCGCUCUAUCACCAAAUGCGAGCAUCAUUUCCAUCUUUGUUGCAUACUCGAAUGGAUGGAGCGAAGUGAGACUUGCCCAGUCUGUGACCAGAUAACUUUGAUAGAUGAGAUGUAUGAAUAGCAUGUUGACCCUGGUGGAUCCUCUCUAGGAGCUCGUGCGUGCCUACCGAGGAGGUUUAGUACUAGUCCUUUUCUCUAUGGGGAAGUAAAAUCAGCAACUACUCUGCUCCUAAUAUGAUAGGAUGAUCUGGUGGAGCUGCUACUGGAAUGCAUCUUGGGAGAACAAAUGGGAAAUAAUGAAAAACACAAGCAUCAGGAAAUAUGUUACCUAAAAAAACAUCCAUCCCUAUGUUUAUACUAGCAUUUGUGUCGAGCUGUGGCUGUUUAUGGUAACAGGAGGAUUAGCUGGCUGCAUCUGCAACAUGCACUUCAUACUAGUCGAAACUCUGAAUCUAGCUCUCUUUUCCUUUUCAUGCUUUCUGGAUUUUGGGUCGGUGUUUUCUGUGAUUCGUCGAGCGUCUGUAUAAACCAUCACAUACUUACUAGAUAUAGGGUGACAUCAAGUAUAAAAGAACUGGUUCUGAA